CGAUCUCGGCGAGCCGAUCAUUUCGUUCCGACAUGUGCACGAUGGCGUUGGUCAACAGCGGCGCCCGGCAACCGCCAGCGGCCAUCGUCCGGUUCGUGGUGCACGGAACUCUGGCGUGGCUGUACUUCCACGUCAUGUGGAUGGCCGGUUCCGUGGACUGGGACUCGAUCGUGUUCCCGACCAUCAGCGAAGUGGGAAAGUUCAUGUCGUUCAUGCUCACCAUGUGGACGCUGAUCAUGCAUUUAGGAUUUUUCGGGAUAGCUACAGUAUUGGAUUUCUUUGAAUUGAUACCAAAGUCUAUCAUUAUCGGUAAAUUGGUCAACAAAAUUCGAGAGUUGAAUGACUUCUUCUUCAUGACUGUGAUGCUGCCAAUAUCUAUGUGCGUGUGUAGCGGAUUUUGGUCUGCAUGGGUAUUAUUCAAUGACAUUAUUUAUCCAUCAGCUGUAAACAAUGUCGUACCAGUAUUUAUCAAUCACGUGUCACAUACAACUCCUAUUUUCGUUGUGUUUAUUGAAUUGUGUCUCUGUUACCAUGCAUCGCCAAGAGUGAAACCAGCCAUUGCCAGUCUCGUCACCGUUGAAACUAUUUACCUUUUCACGAUGAUCACGUUGCGAAUUCAACACGGCAGAUGGGUAUACUUAGUGAUCGACAUUUACGUAAACACAAUUCCAAAAUUUAUCUUCGUGUUUUCGUUCCUUAGUUACAUCAUACCUAUUAUCUUCCUACUCAGUUGUCUCCGAAUGAAUAACUACAUCUGGGGUUUGAAAACUAACGGACGCGUUUCCAAAGACGUUUCUUUCCAACGUAAUAAAAAAAUCACGUGAAGAGCUACCUGUGGUCUUGCCAAAAUUUUCUCUGUUACCAUUUUUAUAUUGUGUACCUACACAGAUAUCUAUAUAUCUGAUAUAUCUAUAUACCUGUUCUAUCUAUAUACAUAGAUAUUUGUGGUUUUGAAUAGUAAUAUAAUAAUGUACAUUAUAUUAUUGUAAUUGUUUUAUUUUGACAUAGGUAAUUAGCAAAUGGCCGUCUGGACUAUAUUAUAACACUGUUAUAUUAUUAUCAGUAAUCUUAAACGAGAAAUUUAAGUGUACAAUACAUAACACAUUUUAUUAUGUUACAUACGUAUUCCUUCCAUUUUUUUUUUUUGAAAAUGAAACAAGCAUGUUUAAUUUAGUACCUAUUUAGAUAUACUAUAUAAUUUACAUUUGUAUAGAUAAUGUAUCUGAUGGUCUCAAAUGUGAUUUUUUUUCUUUAAAUAUAUCUAAUACAACUAUAUA